AUCGGAUGUAGCCAGUAGUCGCUGCGUGAUCUACGUCGGCGUUUUAGCCUGACAGGCUAGCAAUGACUGCUGGAUUUAUCCCUGCCGUGCCGUGGAUUGUGAACCACCAGACAUGAUUUUAUGGAGACCACCCUGCAAGGCCUGAGCUGAUUUGUCAGCCUUGUAUAGGUCUGGUUUUUACCCCCCAAGUGUCCUCUGGAUAUCAGCUGACGAUGGUGGUCUGAAGAGAGGGGACGCGGGGAGAAAGCCUGGCACAAGUGUGUGUUCACUCUAACACAACAAGGCUCAACCGAGAGAGAGAGAGCGGAGACGGACCGGAGCAAAGAGAAGAAGCUGAUUUGAAUUCAAAAUGUCUCAAAACAGAGAACUGGUGGUUUUCUACAUUAACUAUAAACUCUCCCAGAAAAACUAUCCUCUCAACCACAUGGGACUCAUAGAGCCUCCCAACAGGACUGAUGGGGGGGAGGCGGGGUCGGGUGAGGAGCAGCGGGUAGCGACGCACGCCAACGGGACUUUUAACGGCACGAGUCCCGGGACCCCUCCAGCGUCCCCGCUGCGAGAACAACGGUUGCCUUCAACGACGAGCCUUGACGCGGUGAAAGAGGCCCUCAGGGACUCAGCCAACGAGUUUGAGCUGCGGUACGCCCGCGCCUUCAGCGAUCUCCACAACCAGCUGCACAUCACGCCGGCCACCGCCUACCAAAGCUUCGAGAACGUGAUGGACGAGGUGUUCCGGGACGGCGUCAACUGGGGGCGCGUCGUAGGGCUUUUUGCGUUCGGCGGGGCGCUGUGCGUGGAGUGCGUGGAGAAGGAGAUGAGUCCGCUCGUGGGCAGGAUCAUAGAGUGGAUGACGGUUUACCUGGACAACCACAUUCAGCCUUGGAUCCAGAGCCAAGGAGGAUGGGAGCGCUUUGCUGAAAUCUUCGGGCAGGACGCGGCGGCAGAGAGCAGGCGGUCUCAGGAGAGUUUCAAGAAGUGGCUGCUGGCGGGGAUGACCCUGGUGACCGGGGUGGUGGUGGGGUCGCUCAUCGCCCAGAAACGCCUGUGAGGGGAGAUAACGAGACAACCCUCCUCACACUCUGCACCCUGGCCCCUCUCCACCUGCCUCCUUCACUGCCCUCAACAUACACACAACCACGGAAAUUAAAAUGAAGGUCCUGUUUGUCUCGUCGGAACUGCUGAUGAUGUUUACUAUUUUUUUUUCUUCCCGUUCACGCAUCCUACAAAGGACUGAGAAUCCUCACGAGUUGAACUUUUGGGAAAAUGACAGAGAAGAGGAGGAGUAUUCAUGUGUUCACCUUGUUCACGCCUGAUAAAAAAUGCGAGACAACCAUUUGUUCCUUUUACUCCUUUCUCCACUGGUUCCUGUAUCAUUUUUCGUUCUGUAUGUAUAUAUUAGUUUUAACAAAUUUCUUUUCCCAUUUUCCUCCUCAAAAGAGGUUAAAACUGAUGCUGGUCUUACGAUUUACCCCAAACCCGUCUGAUAUAAUGAGUCAAGUGUGUUGCGGGGCCUGGGCUGUUCUACAUGUCUUGUCUUGAAGUUUGUUUUGUUGCCAGGCUCUUGGUCCCACAGUCAGCUCCACAAUAGCUUUGUAUGUGCCAUAUGAAAGCAGGGGAGGAUGUAGCACCUGCCCCUCGACAGCUUUGGUAGUUCCCACUUCCUGCCAGCCACUCUGGAAAUCAACACUUACAGUAUAACAUCAUGCUGCAUUACUCUAUACACUGAUUGUUUUGUCUCGCCUGUCCUUCAUGUUAUUGGUUUUGUAUGAAAGGUGAAUUAAGAACAUGUUUUAGCUAACGAAUCAUGGGAGUCUUAAACUAAAAACCCAAUGGGAAACUAAACCCUCUGCUUGUUUGUUGUUGCUUGAUUGUUUUUUGCAUUUGGUUUUGGAUUUCUGAACCAUUAAAACCCCACUGCUCCCGCUGA